AAAUGACAGAAAAUAAUUAUUUUGAUCUUAGACAGAUAUAUUUGUUGUGUGUAGUUUUGUUGAGCAAAAAUGGCAGAGCCCGAAUUAAAUGUAGACAGUUUAAUACAAAGGUUAUUAGAAGUAAGGGGAAUGCGCCCGGGAAAAUCGGUGCAUAUGACUGAAUCAGAAGUACGUGGUUUAUGCUUGAAAUCUCGAGAAAUAUUCUUGCAGCAACCCAUUUUGCUCGAACUAGAAGCGCCGCUAAAGAUUUGUGGAGAUAUCCACGGUCAAUAUACAGAUUUAUUGCGACUCUUUGAAUACGGCGGAUUUCCACCUGAAGCCAACUAUCUAUUUCUCGGGGAUUAUGUCGAUCGCGGAAAGCAGUCCUUGGAAACCAUUUGCUUGCUGCUCGCCUACAAGAUUAAAUAUCCAGAGAAUUUCUUUUUGCUCAGGGGCAACCAUGAAUGUGCAUCUAUCAACAGGAUUUAUGGGUUCUAUGAUGAAUGUAAAAGAAGAUUCAACAUAAAAUUAUGGAAAACUUUUACCGAUUGUUUCAAUUGCUUGCCCAUAUCAGCUAUUAUUGACGAAAAGAUAUUUUGCUGCCAUGGGGGAUUAAGUCCUGACUUGCAAGGAAUGGAACAGAUCAGAAGAAUAAUGAGACCUACAGAUGUACCUGACACAGGACUUUUAUGCGAUCUUCUAUGGUCCGAUCCGGAUAAGGACGUCCAAGGUUGGGGCGAAAACGAUCGAGGUGUUUCGUUUACUUUUGGCGCUGACGUAGUAAGCAAAUUCCUGAACAGACACGAUUUAGAUCUGAUUUGUCGAGCCCAUCAAGUCGUCGAAGACGGUUAUGAAUUUUUCGCCAAAAGGCAACUAGUCACAUUAUUUUCAGCUCCCAAUUAUUGCGGCGAAUUCGAUAAUGCAGGAGGAAUGAUGAGUGUCGAUGAGACUCUUAUGUGUUCGUUCCAAAUUCUCAAACCAUCUGAGAAAAAAGCUAAAUACCAGUACCAAGGAAUAAAUUCCGGCCGUCCGUCGACACCUCAACGAAAUCCCCCACCAAAUAAGAAGAAGUAGAGUUUAAAUACACUAAUAAAUUAUUUUUACUCUACAUAAUUUACCUCUCCUUUUCCAUAUACUAUUUUUUUUAAUAAUUUAAUCUGUAGAUGCAUUUGUAAAGAUUAAUUUCUCAAUUGAUUGCUCCCACAGUACAGAAAUAGAAAAAUGGUCUAAUGGAGUCAGGAAUAUUGUAUAUUAUUUAAUGUUUAUUAUAAUUUAUAUUGUAUGACUGAUUUUCUUUUCACUUAGCGGACUGAAUUGCUUUGUAUUAUUUUUGUUAUUUCGUUUUUUUUUUAUUUUCUGUUGUCAUACAUCAGAUAUAAAACAAAAUUACUUCAAAAUUAAUUGAAAUGGCAAAAUUGAGAAUAUCUGAUGUCUGACAAUAUUAUGUACAUAAGUGUUUGCUGUACCAAUGAUGAUGAAUUAUGAUCAUGAGGUUAAUCUUAGGGUCAAUACUUAAUUGAGGAUUUCUAUAUAAGAUUUCUUGAAAUUUUAACAUUAUUUUUGUAUCCAGUGUGAAAAUUGAAGCAAUAUUUUAAUUGGAAGCUUAUCAAAUUGGUGUGCAUAGUGCAAUAAAUCAAUUAAAUUCAAGAUAUCUUGUAUAUAAUCUAACGAUUGGAGUUGCAUUUUUAAAAAAAAUUUUGCCCUCUAUAAUUAACAGUAUUGUAUAAAAUUUCUUAGUUUGGUAUACCUUAAGGUUGGUAUAUAUGCAUUUUGUCAGUUGUUGAUCAUAACUUUUUGCUUUUCAAUCAAAUCUCCAUUCGAUAGUAUAUUAGAGCUUCAAAAGUUUUAGGCGUCAAGUAGGUUUUUUCUUUUCAAUUUAUUAUAUUACAGGAAAUGGUACAAAUGAAAAAAGUUUAUUGAAUAAAUGAUGCUUUAGAAAUUCUUGUUAAUUUUUAAAAAUGUAUUUUACUUAAUUUUCAAAUUAAAAUGAUCAAUGGGUGAGUACAAUUUUGCUUCACCAUUUAAUGAAGCAAUAUUAAAGUCUUGUGUAUUUAACAAUUGAAUCGAUUAAGGAUCGGAACUAGUUACGAUAUCUUCAGUUUUGAGGACACACAAAAAAUUUGUAUGUUGUGAUUAGACUGUCAUUUUCUAGUUGUAUCACUUUGAUACACAGUGCUUACAGCUGAUCUAUAAAUCCCAAACCUUUUCAUUAAUUCAGAAUAUGAGAUGGCUCUAGCUGCCAGAGAUCUUAAUAUUCUAUUUCAUACACUUCCAGGUAUAAUGCUCUCUAGUUCCACAAUCUCAUACUACAAUUCAGCAUCUUCAGAUAUCCAUUGAGGAGACAAAGUCCUGAAACUUUUAGUAUGCAUAUAUUGUUUUUGCCUGGGUUAAUCCCUUCUACAAAUCUAUAAUUUCCCAGGAUUAUCCUUGCCUGCCUCAACCCCAGUAGAGUAUUCCAGAAACUGGUUUUCAGAAAUCAACCUUUUCCAGUUUUCUAACUAUUGUUUUGUAGAUGAUUCCCUAAAAGGGUGAAGGUUUUAGGGUUUAUCUGCCACUCCAAUGUGCUCUGGAACCCAUUGGAGGGAUUAAAAUACAUAAUCCAUCUUAUUUUCGGCAGUAACAAUAAUGGUUUUAUAAUUAUUUUGAAAUCAUUGACUUGUUUCUUUCUUUACUCAAUUAGAUCGAGGAUAGGAUCUACUUUAUUCAUAUUAAUUAUUAUUAAUUUCGUUCUUUAAGAUUACUUUUUUCAUUGCCUUACCCAUUGCGAACGUUGGCUGUUCUUAUCUUAUUUACUGCGUUUCUAAUCAGAUCAAACAGACACUUGAAAUCGAUGGCUAUGCAACCAUGAAUGCUGUCUUCUCCCUAGUCCCCUCUUACUAUACACUAUUUGUCAUGUCUUAGUAUGUGGCCAAAAUACUCCAAUUUCCGUUUUUUUACUGUAAAGACGACUUCCUUCUCUUUCCCUAGUCUCUGCAUAACUUCCAUGUUGGUGAUGUGCUCCGUCCAGGAUAUUUUCAUAAUACGCCGAUAUACUCACAUUUCGAAGGAUCCAGUAUUUUUAAAGUAGCCUCGGUUGUGCUCCAAGCUUCUACGUCAUAGAACAAAAUAGAAAAUAUGUAGCAUCUGAUUAGUCUUCAUUUUAGUUGUAAAGAAAUAUCUUUGCUGGUAAAUAGUUUCUUCAUGUUAUUAAACGCAGCUCGAGCUCUUUCUACCCGUUGAUCAUAUUUCUGCUGGUCCCAUUUCGUAUUUACUAUGGAUCCUAGAUAUGUAUACGUUUCAACACGAUCUAUGUCUUGACCGUUUAUCGUUAUUAGACGCACUGGAAGAUAUUCACUUUUGCUAAUAAUAUGUUUUGCCAGUGCUUUUCCUCGUAUCUUCAAUAUUAAAUUCUUUCUCGUUAAGAAAAUAGGGAUUUAUGUCUGGCAAGUAAAAAUUUGGUCUCAUUUGUUAAGAACACCCCGAAGAACGUUCUAGUUGUUAUUACAAGUUGUAAAUAUAACUUAAGCGUUUUAUCAUUUUAAGAAGGCGUCUGGAAAACCACGGAAAGGUGAGUUAAAACUAAUGAAUAGCCAAUUCUAUGGUGGGGUUUCCAAAAAACUUGUCACUCACUUUUUGGUAAACAAUUUUUUCCUUCAAAUUCUUAUUAUCAUGAACAUGACAACAGUUUUUGUCAAACAAUUUUAUUUAUUAAUAAUAUAACAGCUUCACAAAGCAUCGGGAACCUAACUAUUAUAUGUUUUUAUGGUUAUUUUUUGUUAUUACUCUUUCAGUUCUUCAUACUUCAUCUAUCAAGCUGACCUCACAAAUAUAUUGGAACGAUGACGGGCAUUAAAGAGAUCAUUUGAUGACAAAUAGAAAUUUCAAUCAAAUUGGCCAUUGCACUAACAGGUGUAUGAGCUGUUGCAUUGUUUUGAUGAAACAACACUUUCUUAGCCGUUUUUGCUUGAUUUUUUCGCCUAAUCGUUGCAAUAAUUUCGCAUAAUACUCGCCGUUGAUGGUUUUUUCCUUUGCCAAGAUGGUCAAUGGAAAUGAUCCCACCGACGCCAUGACCUGCCUGCAGAUGGAACGGUCUUUUCCUUCUUUGGGGCCAGCUCUCCUUUUUUCAGUCCAUUGUUAUGAUUGUUCUUUUGUUUCGGGUGUGAAGUGAUGGACCCACAUUUCAUCCAUGGUUACCGUCAUCUAUAGGUCACGCCAGGUACUUAUGGGACCAUCCUCAUACUCCAAAAAUUAUUUGAUACGAACACGUAUGUACUGUACCAAGAUUGGGCGAUUAAUGUUGGUGUCAAGCAUAGAAAACGUCACUGUUUAUCUUAUAAUGUGAAGGUAGCAUGGAUCAAGCGUGGAAAAGUCCGGGCGACCCUAACCUAACGGUCAUUCCUCUAAACUUACCUGUGUGUAAAAUACUUGGGAUGAAUCAUUCCUUGACCAUUAAUAGAAGCAUGAUAUUAGAGCAGUACACAGUGAUUGUCUUCACCUCAUCAUCCUCAUCUUUUACUGGAAGUCAAUCAUUAAGCGCAGUCAAUCAUAAUUAAAAAACUUGAGCGUCUAAAUAACAUUCUGUAUAUAUACUCUGCAUGAAUGGAAAUUUCAAAUUGACAAUUUUGUUUUAGAAUUUUUCUUCGCAUGGGAGUGAGUUUUUUUUUGUUCUUUUCGCGUACAAAUAUUUUACAUUUAAUAUUUUACUAUAUAGAGUAUAAGAGUAGAUUUAAUAUAAGAAAUAUAUAUCUAUAUUAAUAAA